AUGCAUUUCCAUCAUGGUCCCUCUACAUACUCGACAAUCCCAUCGAGCCCGCCCGCGUCGGCGGUAGCGUCAGCCUCCAACGUGAACUCCUCGCCUGCCGGCCCCUAUCUAUCGCCGUCCCGUACAAGACGGGGCAAGGAGCGUCGAAACCCUUCCGUGACGCCAAGACGAUUCGGCAGAUUCUUCACGCCUCGGUCGUCCCUUCCGGGAGUCCCUGUGCUGCGCUUGCCUCUCGACACUCUUGGGAGCUCCGAGAUCAACCGUCAACCGCUCUCCCCAGAAUCCUUGACCAGCGAUGCCCUUAUGUCGGACCCCAUAUGCUCCUCGCCGACGGAAAGAACGGUCCGCGGCGGCGCGAGCAAGCGACACUGCCCGGAAGACUCCCUGCGAGCUCUCAAGAAGAGACGCGGCUUUGCGAUGCAUGAUUUAUCGCUGCCACAGCUGAAAAUGCCUGAGAUUGUCUCGGAAGAUGCUCCAAAGGAGAACGGCAUGGCACGUUCCACGAGCGAGAACCUUGGCGAUAUGCGAAAAGCAACUCUUAAUUUGUUCUUCAAGGCUAGUCGUGGCGGACUUCGAAAUAUAGAAGAGAAAUCUCUCCCAUCGACACCAGAUAUUAUUUCUUCCGAUGUUCAAGGCCACACUGCUCUGGAAGGGUAUAGACCACAGCCCAUCCGCAAAUUCCACAACCGAGGCUUCGAGUCACAACUUCUCAACCGCGAACAUGGCUUUUCUUCAUACGCUAGCCAACGGCAUCUCGCCACACCAGCCUGCGAUCCCCGCGCCGAAACAGCCGCCUAUUACAGCCGCUGGAACGACGUUCAUCAAUGCACGUUAUACACUGGUCCUGGCAAUACAAUUCCGUUUUCACUAGCGAGCUGCCACAAGGCACCCGUCACAGCCAUUGGUGAUGAGCAAGGUUAUGUGCGCCUAUUCAAAACUACCGACGGCGGCAACUCCCUCGACUCCAAAGUGGAUAUCCGCAUCAAGGCUCAUGACAACGCCAUCAUGGCACUUGAUUUUUCCGAGAAUGACCUCCGUCUUGCCACUGCCUGUGGUGAUCGCACCGGAAAGAUUAUAGACGUCCCUACGCAAAAUACCGCAGCCGAAUUAAAUGGUGGUCACUUUGACUCUUUGCGUCAAAUUGCUUUCCAGCAGGGCCAAGCGAAUGGGAGCACACUGGCUACCUCUGAUCGUGCCGGCCGUAUUCAGAUGUGGGAUCUGCGUUGCUCGCCCAUGCCUGUCAACUGCUUCUCUACCAUUGACUGUGAUAAUAAAGUUAUACAACGUGAUAUACAGGUCGAGCCCAUCCCCGCCAAGACUGUCAACACAAUUGAAAACUCUCAUGAGCGCAAGGUUCACGGCUCCACAAACUCGGCAUCGGUCACGGCCAUCCAAUGGCUCCCUGCUGGACGCGAGCAUCUUCUCCUCUCUGCAUCCGAGGCCGACGCAACCAUCAAGCUAUGGGAUACACGUUACAUCAAGCCUCGCCGACAGCUCGGCGAGACAGCGCUCGCCAUGACACAGGCGCCUGCCGGCCACGCGUGGCGCUCCUACGGCACCACGUCCAUGGCGCUGAGCUCCGACGCCGCACGUCUUUACGCUGUCUGCAAAGACAGUACUGUGUACGCCUACUCGACAGCGCAUCUAAUACUUGGUCACGCGCCGGCCCUUGAGGACAAUGCCGCGAAACGUAGGCCAGGCGGUGCCCAGGGAAUUGGUCCUCUGUAUGGGUUUAAACACGACAAGUUUCUCGUUCGUUCCUUUUACGUCAAGUGCGCCAUCCGCCCGGCCCGUACUGCCGGUGGACCCGAACUUCUCGCCGUCGGCAGCUCCGAGUCUUGCGCCGUUCUCUUCCCUACCGACGAGCGCUACCUCCGUGCCUCCUGGGCCGCCAACGACCAUAUUCUUCCCGAGGUGCGCUCCGGUUCCUUCUCCGUGUCGUCCUCUUUUGGCACCUCCACGCCGGCAGUCUCGACGCCGCAGGGUGGCUGCAGCGCCAGCAGCACCCUUCCCAUGUACCGCGCCGGCACACCGCUCAUCCGCGGUCACUCUCGCGAGGUGACCACUAUGAGCUGGUCCUACGACGGCAAGCUCGUCACCGCGUCGGACGAUUGCGUGGUCCGCCAGUGGCAACCAGACGCUACUGCAGCACGGCACCUCCGCACCGUGGGCGAAUAUGGCGGCGAGCGGCACAUGGCGGGCUGGGCCGACGUGGCGGCCGACUGGGACGUCGACGAGGAGGAGUAG